UGAAUAUUUUUUUUGUACAAAUAACUAAUGUUAAAUAUUAGUGUAACAACAACUAAACGAAUGAAAUGUAGCAGAAUUUUUCUAACGUGACGUACAUACUACAACAAUUCUAAAAGCAAGAAGAAGAUCAAGUGUAAAGAGAGCUCAAAACACACGCACACACACAAGCACAAGCUAAUACGCUUACCUACGUACAUACAUAGAAAAAAAAGUAUAAAGUUAAAACUGUGAACAAGGGAGAGAGCGUAACAGUCAACUGAAACGACAAUGCAUCGACCUGCAGCUUAAAGCUAAAGACGCCCUCUCCACAUUCCUCUCUCUCUCUCUCUCUUCUGUCACUCUUACUCCCCUCAUCGCUGGCACGGGGCACGGGACACGAGCAGGAAUUUCUUCUUCUAUAUCAAUCAGAUCAGCAACGAUUUAACAAUACUUCGAAACAAACACACAUAUAGCCAUGGACUGGGCCGAAGGAGACCUGGUGUGGUUCGAUCCGGGUGUGGGGCAUCCCAUACCCGGUGAAAUUCAAGAAGUGCAUCGCGCUGCUCAAGUGAUUGUCGUUCAGGCGAUGAUCAAGGGCAAGGCACAAACAUUCGCAUUGCAGCCGGGCGAGGGCAGCCUGCGUGCGCGCCAGGAUCUGGGCAGCAGCGGCGUGGAGGACAUGACGAUGCUCGACGAUCUGCACGAGGCGUCGCUGCUGUGGAAUCUGCGGCUGCGCUACGACAAGGGACUGAUCUACACAUUCGCCGGGAGCAUUUUGAUAGCAGUGAAUCCCUACAAGAUGUUCCCCGACGCCUACGGCCUGGAGGUGGCCAAGCAGUACGCGGGCCGCCCACUGGGCGCACUGCCGCCCCAUCUAUUUGCCAUAGGCGCGGCGGCGCACGCAGCGCUGCCCUCGCCGCAGGUGGUGGUCAUCUCGGGCGAGUCGGGGUCGGGCAAGACGGAGUCGACGAAGCUGGUGAUGCAGUAUCUGGCGGCGGUGGUGCCGGGCGGCGGCAGUGCGUCCGCGGUGAUCACUGAGCAAAUACUGGAGGCGGCGCCGCUGCUGGAGGCGUUCGGCAAUGCGCGCACCGCGCGCAACGACAACAGCUCGCGGUUUGGGAAAUAUCUGGAGGUUUACUUCAAGAGCGGCGCCAUAGUGGGCGCCAAGAUCACACAGUAUCUGCUGGAGAAGUCGCGCAUCGUGACGCAAGCGCCCGGGGAGCGCAACUAUCACGUGUUCUACGAGAUGCUGGGCGGGCUGAGCGAGGCGGAGCGCGCCAAGUACGGACUGCUGGAGGCGGACAAGUAUUUCUACUUGAAUCAAGGGGCCACGGACUGCGCCAGCGGGCGCGUGGACUGGGCCUCGCUGCUGAGUGCGAUGCAGGUGCUGGGGGUGGCCGAGAGCGAGCGCGAGGGCAUUGUGCGCGUGCUGGCGGCGGUGCUGCAUCUGGGCAAUGUUUACUUCCAUCGCCGGCAGCUGCGGCACGGGCAGGAGGGCGUGGAGAUUGGCUCGGAUGCGGAGAUCAAGUGGGCGGCGCACUUGCUGCACAUCAGCGCCGAGGGGCUGCAGCGUGCGCUGACCUCGCGCAUCACCGAGGCGCGCGCCGAGCGGCUGCACACGCCGCUGGGCAUAGACCAGGCGCUGGACGCGCGCGACGCCUUCGCCAAGGCGCUCUACGCCGGCCUGUUCAACUGGCUGGUGUCGCGCAUCAACUCGAUAGUGCAGAAGGGCGGCACCCACGACGCCCACCGCAUCAGCAUCCUGGACAUCUUCGGCUUCGAGGACCUGGCCGAGAACAGCUUCGAGCAGCUGUGCAUCAACUACGCCAACGAGAAUCUCCAGCUCUACUUCAACAAGCACGUCUUCAAGCUGGAGCAGGCCGAGUACGCGCGCGAGCGUCUCGAGUGGACGCCGCUCGCCUGGGACGACAACCUGCCGGUGAUACAUCUGCUGGCCAAGAAGCCCGUGGGCAUUUGCCACCUGCUCGACGACGAGUCCAACUUUCCGCGCGCCACCGACCUGAGCUUCCUCGAGAAGUGUCACUACAAUCACGCGCUGAGCGAGCUGUACGCGCGUCCGCGCAUCGGGGCGCAGGAGUUCGGGAUCACGCACUAUGCCGGCCAGGUGUGGUACUGCGUCGAUGGGUUUCUGGACAAGAAUCGGGACGCGCUGCGCGGCGAUGUGCUGGAGCUGCUGAGCAGCUCGCGGCUGCAGCUGGUCGGCGAGCUGACCAAGCAGCUGCGCGCGCAACGCGACGCGGGCAAGACGCUGCCCAAGGGCAGCAACGGACGCUUCGUCACCAUGAAGCCGCGCACGCCCACAGUGGCCGCCAGAUUCGCGGACUCGCUGCAGCAGCUGCUGCAGUCGAUGGGGCGCUGCCAUCCCUGGUUCGUGCGCUGCAUCAAGCCGAACCAGGAGAAGCAGCCGCUGCGCAUGGACAUGCCGUGCGUGCUGCAGCAGCUGCGCUACCUGGGCAUGCUGGACACCAUCCAGAUCCGGCAGCGCGGCUAUCCCGUGCGCCUGCGUUUCCAGCACUUUGUCGAGCGCUAUCGCCAGCUCCUGGGCGCGCCCCUGACACGCGGCACGCCCUACCGCGAGCUCUGCCGCCUGCUGCUGGAGCAGCUGCCGCGCACCGGCGUCGAGGGUCCCGACUAUCAACUGGGCGCCACUCGCGUCUUUUUGCGCGAGGCGCUGCAUCGCGCGCUGGAGAGCGCGCGCACCGAGCGACUGCGUCUGGCCGCUUUACAUAUACAGCGCCAUGUGCGAUGUUGUGUGCGUCGCCAGCUUGGGCGACGUCGUGCCCGCCACCAGCUGCAGGCGCGUUGGCCGCCGCACGGCAGGCCAGCGCUUCGAGCAGCUGCGCGCCGGCGCGUUUGACGGCGCAGCGCGUUGUGGCGCGGCGUCGGGCGCGUCGCCAGCGCAGCAGCUUGGCACCGAGCAGGGCGGCGUUGGUAGGCGCGCGAGGCGGCCGCGCGUGCGCGUGAGGCGCGCCAGGCCAAGCAGGCGCAGCUGGAGCGCAGCAGUCAGCUCAGCUACCUGGACAUACCCGCCGAGCUGGCGUUCAUCUAUUCGAAGCUGCAGGGCUGGCAGCCGCCGCACACGGAUCGGCAGCUGGUCAAGGUGCUAGGCACGGUGCCGGGUCCGCCGCCGGCGGCUGCAGCGCCGCUGCCCGCGGAUCUGGCGCAGUUCAGCUUCGGCAAGUUCAGCAGCGUCUAUUGCAAUGGGCUGCGGCUGCAGCCGCGUCGCGAGCCCAUUGCGGCGCCGCUGCUUACGCGCGCCGCUUCGCGGGAUCAGGACUUUCAGGACUCGCUGGCUGUCUUCAAGCUGAUACUGCGCUGGACCAACGACAAGGCGCUGGAGUCGGAGGGCGCCAAGGAGAAGCUGCUCUCGGACUACAUUGUGCACAAGGCGCUCAGCUCGCGCGGCCUGCGCGACGAGAUUCUCGUCCAGCUCUGCAAUCAGCUGCAUGGCGCGGAGCCCGCCGCCGCCGCUCGCCUGUGGCAGCUGCUCAGUCAGUGCCUCUGCUGCUUCCAGCCCAGCGCCGCCUUCAGCAAAUAUCUGUUGAAGUUCGUUGGCGACGAAGCCUCCAGCUCGACGCCGCCCACGCGCCAGCUGCUCCAGCGGCAGCUGCUGCGCCAGCAGAGCAGCCACAGCGCUGCCGCCGCGCGCAGCUUUGUGCCCGCCUGGCUGGAGUGGCGCGCCUGCGCCCGCGGCUGCGACAUGGCACUGCCGCUGACGCUGCCCGACGAUGCGAGCCAAACCGUAGCCGUGGACUCCUGGACCAGCUGCGAGGAGGCCGCCGCCUUGGCCGUCUCCACGCUUGGGGUCGGCAGUCGCGGCUGGACGCUCGUCCUGGACGAUGGCCAGCAGCUCACCGAUAGCUGUGGCCUCGACUAUGUCAUGGACUUGAUUUCGGAGAAGGAGCUCUGUCCCGCUUUUCCCGCUCCGCGCAGCGAUCUGUUGCGCUCCGGCGGCAAAUUCCAGCGCACGCUGCUCCCGGAGGCGGUGAAGCGACCAGGAGUGCCGCCGCCAGCUCCACCCAGCGGCAGCGGCAGCAACACUAACACUAAGGAAGCUACAGCAGCUGCGAGCAGAUCUAUGGAGAACGCGAGCAACACUUUGGGCAGCAGCAGCAACAACAACAACAGCAAGGAGCGACGCAGCAGUCGGGAGCUGCUGUCGCGCAGCUCGGCGUUGAACGAGCGAUACUUUGAGCGAGCGACGGAGUCGCCCAUAACGCCCCAUCUGCUGCCCGGAACGCAGAGCAAGUCGCGCUCGAAGUCGCUGGACGAUUUGCUGGCCAGCAGCGAGCAGCUGCCGCAGCUGCUGCCGGACUCGGAUUCGCAGGAGUCGACGCUGCACACGCUGGCGCUGGGACUGUCCGAGAGCAGACUCAACGAUCGCUACCACAGCGCGGAGCGACUGGCGCCGAUGGGCAAGGAGACGGCGCCGCGCUACCAGAAGUCCCAGCACGCGGGCAGACGCAGCCAUGCGGCGUCCCAUGGGUCGGCGCACUCGAGCAAGUACAACAUGGACAAGUCGGAGUAUGCGACGCGCUCCUCCGCCAUGUCGGACACCAGCGAGGCGCCCUCGUUGGCCUCCCAUGUGCGCCGCGUGCGCGUCCCAUCCCAAGCCUCCGAUGUGGAUCAGUUUCUGGACGAUUUGUUCAGUCCCGUGCUCGACGGCUCGCUGGAUGAGCUGUCCGAUGCGCGCUCGCUGGCGGCCAGCAUAAGAGGCGGCGCCGCCUAUGACUGCGAGGAGCAGCUAGAGCAUGAUGAUGAUGAUGAUGAUCUGUGGGCGGAUGUGCCGCUGGAUGCGCAGCUAUGCAAGCUGAGCUCUGGCCAGGAGCUGCUGGUGGCCAUCAAGGGCGGCGGCAGCACCGAGCACAGCGCUGCGCCCGAUCCGCUGCUGCAGCAGCUCAUGGGCGGCGGCGGCGGGGGCGGUGAGUCCAAUGGCCCGGCCACGCCCCCAGCCACGCUCUAUCAGCAGCAGGUGCAACGCGCCUUUCUACAAUCGGCCAUGGCGCAGAAUCUGCAGAUCCAGCAGCAGUUGCUGGCCCAGAACCAAGCGCUGCAAACGCUGCUCAGCCAGCAGCAGCAGCAACAACAGCAGCAGCAGCAAUCGGUUGUGACAGCAGCAACUGUUGCUGUUGCCGCCGUGUCGUCGCCGCCGCCGCCGAUGCGCAUGAAGAGCACCAUGCUGACCACGACGACGACAACGCGCAGCAGCAGCAGCAGCUUGGUGCUGGAGUCCAGUGGGGGUCCGCCGGCGCCGCCACCUCCGCCGCCCAUGCCGCCACCACUGGAGGGCAAGGAUCCGUCGGAGACGCGUCACUUUCUCGAUCCGUAUGGACGCGCCAAGACCGUGCGCAUUGGCAAGUGGCGCUGGCCGCCGCCGCAGGGCGAGCCCCAGUUCCAGUCCGAGGAGGAUUUCUUUGCCUUCAAGUUGCGCCAGCAGCAGCGCAAGACGACGCCCCAGAGCAACGCCACGGCCACGGCCAUCGAGUGGGAGGAAUUCGAAAUCGAUUCGAACCGCACCACGCCCCCAGGAGGCGGCGGCGGCGGCGGCGGCGGCGGCAUCAGUUUGCCCGCUGUGCUGCUCAAGGCCAACGGCAUGCAGCAGCAGCAGCACCAGGAGCAGCACCACUCCCAAUCCCACUCCCAGUCCCAAUCCCAACAGCAGACCCAGCUGACCACCAUUAUUACCAGCAGCAGCAGCAGCAGCAAGCUGGCCAAGAAGAGCUUUGAAAUUGGCGCGGAUCGGCCGCCUCCGGGCAGCGUGGGCAAGCUGAAGCUCAGCUCCGAGAUGCGCCAGCGCCUGGAGCAGGUCACGGCCGGGCACUCGGUGCGCUCCACGGUAAGCAACAAGUCGGAGCAGCGUGCUCAGCCCGCCAAGCUCGAGGAUACGCGCAAGCUCAUGCUCCAGCAGCAGCUGGGCGGACUCUUUGCCAGCGUCAGUGCCGCCAAUCUGACCGAGACGCCCACGGUGCGCACCCAGAUCGAGCGCAUGGAGGGCAAACUGUCGCCGCCACCGGCACCACCCAGCGCCUGGCCAGGAGUGCUGCUGCCCCCAGCGCCCAAUGUGCCAGCUCCGCCGCCGCCCAUACGACCGCCCAGCAUGGCGCCACCCGCUCCGCCGCCAGCGCCACAAAGUCCACCCAUGCUCCAGCUACAGCUCCAGCAGCAGCAGCAACAAUCGCAGCAGCAACACGUCCUGGACGGUCUGGAGCGCGAGCGCGAGCGUGAGCCCGAGCCCGAUUAUCGCAAGGAGCAUGUGCCGGCGUUUAUCCAACGCCAGGAGCGGGACACGUUUGGCGCCAUGCGCCAGCAGCAGCAGCAGCAGCAGCAUCAGUUGCUCUCGUACCAGCAGCAGCAGCAGCAUCAGCAUCAGUUGUCGCUGCAUCAUCAUCAUCAACAGCAACAGGACUUGUGGGAGCAGGAGCUGCAGACGGAGCGCGAGCGCUCGCGCAGUCGCAGCCGCAGUCGCGAUCGCGAGGAUUACUCCGAGUCUGUGUGGGAUCGGGCCGAGGUCGAGGGUCCCGCCUCCACCGGCAGCGGCAGCGAAAAGGAGCGAGAGAAGCGCGAACGGGAGCGCGAGCGUCUCUACGAGCUGCGCCAGGUGGAGCGCGAGAAGGAGAGCCACAAGGUCUAUCAGCCAGCGCCGCCGCGCAUUAUUCAGGCGAGCAUGGACAACACGAUCAGCAAUGGGAACAGCCACAGCCACAGCAUGAGCAACAGCAGCAGCAGUGUGAAGCGGGAGCGGGAGCGCGAGCUGCCCUCGCCGGCGACAUUCCGGACGCACUUGGCGCAGAAGUACGAGCACGAGCGGAAGCGCAAGAGCAGCGCCAGCUCGGCGGGCAUGCGGGAGGAGCGUGAGGAGAGCAGCAGCAUGGCGGUGGCCGUGCCAGCGCCUGUGACGCCGGCGAGCGUAGCGGCCGCCGCUGCUGCAGUCGUCGGAGCUGGCGCCAGUGCCGUCGCUGGCUCCGUGGCUGGCAGCAGUGCCUGCUUGACCUACAAUCGCGUGCCCUGGAAGCUGCGCGUGCGCAAGGAAGUUUUCCAGCCGGCGGAGUCCAUUGGGCCGCCCAUUGCCUUGGACCUGCUGUUCGCCCAGGUGCUGAGCGACGUCUAUGGCGUUACGCCGUGUCUGCGGAUUACGCCGCAGGAGAAGAGCGCGGCGCUCAAUAUGCUGCAUGGUCACGGCGUCAGCGUCGACACUUUGGCCACGCGCGGCGGGCAGCAGGUGCGCGCGCUAGUCAAGCGCCAUCUUGUGGACAUGGCGCGCGACUGGCCGCUCUACUUUGCGCGCCUGUUCGCCGUCCAGGGCGCUCCGCUCUAUCCGGAUGUGUCCAUCAUGGGCGUCUCCCACAGCGGCCUCUACUUGGCGCGUCGCGAUGCGGACUAUCUGAUUGUGGUCCAGGCCAUAUCCUUUGCCGAGAUCCAGAACGCAGUGACGCUGCCGCGUCCGGCUGCGCUGCAGCUGAAUUUGCGCAGUGGCAAGCACUUGGCGUUGCAUGCAACACGCGCGGCCGCCAUCCAAACCAUGAUCACCACCUUUGUCCAGGAGUUCCGCAAGUCACAAUCAACGGCCUCGACGCUGUCCUCGGGCGCACGAGCUGCGGCGCAGACACUGAACGUGCCGCUGGAGCGUCUGGAGUCGCGCCAGACUCACAACCAGCGCAACGAGCACGCCCACUCCAAUGGCCAGUCCGAUGAGCAGCAGCUGGACUAUCAUCAUCAUCAGCAGCAGCAGCAGCAACAACAACAACAACAACAACAGCAGCAGCAGCAACAAUUGGACGAUGCUGUCGAGGAUCAGCUGCUGGAGCAGCGCUACAUGAAGCAGCAAAGCUAUUUGCACUCAACACGCAAAUCGAAUGCGGGACAACAUCAGUUGAACUCGCUGACCAACGGCAGCGGCUCACAGCAGCAGCAGCAACAGCAACAUACACAGCAGCAGCAGCAGCAACAUCACACACAGCAGCAGCAGCAACAACAACAGCAGCAACAUGACUUGGACGGCAGCUAUCUGCAGGAUGAAGGCGGCACUCCGCCCUCAGUUACCAAAUAUUCACUCCUGCAGUUCGCUAUGCAACAUUUCCGCAAUGAUCAACUGCGCGAUGCGGAUCGUCAGCAUGAGCGUCAUCAAUCCUCGUCGGCUGCCAAUCGCUCCUAUGCAGAGCUGGUGAAGUGGCAAGGACACGCCAUACGGCUGCCGCUGCUGCGUUUGCCCAACGAUCUGGCGCCUUUGGCCUUGGAGUGCUUCGAUUGCAUUUUGCGCUACUGCGGCGACAUUCCGCUCGAUCCGGAGCUGACCGAGGUCAAGUGCGUCUACACAGUGCUCAUGCAUUGCCACAAGUACUUGGCGCUGCGGGACGAGGUCUACUGCCAGCUGAUGAAGCAGACGACGGCGAAUCGGUCGCCGUGCCCGGACAGUUCGCAGCGUGCUUGGCGGCUGCUAAGCAUAUUGGCUGCCUACUUUGGCUGCUCGGACGCACUGCGUCCGUACUUGAUGGAGCAUCUGACAUCGGCCGCCUCGGAUCGCCGUCGCUCGUGCCAUGGCACCGCCGCCGUCUGUCUGACGAAUCUGCGCAAGACGGCGCGCUGCGGCGGACGCAAGAACGUGCCCAGCGUGGAGGAGGUGACGGCGGUGUCGGCGGGUCGCUCGGCCAGGCGGCAGAUCUAUCGGCUGCCGGGCGGCGCCGAGCGCGUGGUCAACACGCGCUGCUCCACCGUCGUGGCCGAUGUCAUCGCCGAGCUGUGCGCGCUGCUGGGCGUGGAGUCGGAGUCGGAGCAGCAGGAGUUCUCGCUGUACUGCAUUGUGCAGGGCGACGCGUUCACCAUGCCACUGGCCGCCGAUGAGUACAUACUGGACGUGACCACGGAGCUGCUCAAGUCGGGCCAGCCCUUCUACUUGAUAUUCUGCCGCUCCGUUUGGCAUUUUGCGCUGAAGCGCGAGCCGGCGCCCAUGCCGCUCUAUGUGGAGGUGCUGUUCAAUCAGGUGGCGCCCGACUAUCUGGAGGGCCUGCUGCUGGAGCUGCCCGGCAAUGGAGUGCCCAUGCCCGAGAUGGUGCGCGAUAUGGCGCGCAUUGCGGCGCUGCUGCAUCGCGCCGCCGACUUGAGCCAUGUGCCUGCAAUGAAGGAGAUUAAAUUCUUGCUGCCCAAGCCGGCGUUGGGCAUACGCGAACUGCGUCCCGCACAGUGGGUCGGUCUGGUGCAGUCCGCCUGGCCGCAGGUGGCGGCGCUCAGUCCCAGCCAGGUGAAGGCGCAGUUCCUCAACGUGCUCUCCGCCUGGCCGCUCUUCGGCAGCAGCUUCUUUGCAGUGAAACGCAUUUGGGCCGAGGAGACGGGCCCGCAUGUGGAGGACAAUCACAGUCCGAUGUGGCGUGAUCUGAUAUUGGCGCUGAAUAAACGCGGUGUGCUAUUCCUCGAUCCAAAUACGCACGAGACGCUGCAGCACUGGAGCUUCAUGGAGGUCAUAUCCACGCGCAAGGUGCGCUCUGAGGACGGCGCCCUCUUUCUGGACAUGAAAGUGGGUAAUCUGAUGCAGCAGCGCGUCAUACGCGUCCAAACGGAGCAGGCGCAUGAAAUCUCGCGGCUGGUGCGGCAAUACAUCACCAUGGCCCAGAUCAGUCAACGCGACAAGCGUGAGCUCAACUAAGUUGCAACGAAUAUAUCUUAUUCAGUUUUUUUUUUUUGCUUAGCUGUUAAGUCAUAUAUAUCUACCUACCUUAUCGUAUUUAUAAAGUAUUUCCCCCUAUUGUCUAAAAUGUUUGAUUCCAAUCCAAACUUUGUCAAUGCCCCGUAGGCCAUAAUACUACUGCGUCUUCAACUCUAAACAAUUCGUAUUGUUAUUUUAAGCAACAACAUCAACAACAACAACAAAUGUGCAAUCACAAACUGCAAUUUAAAUCUACAUG